AUGUCACCCUCCCUAGGGUGCCCCACACCUCUUCCCCCUCCCGGGACUGAGAAUUGCUACUGGGAGGAGAUGCACGGGAGGAAACGGCCCCGCAGCAGAGCACGGGGUAAAAUACAGCUCCGUCCUCACCGUGGGAGGGUGGGAAAAGCUCCUCCACGUGGCUGUUCCCGACUGGGGGCCAGGUUUGUCUCCCACAGAAGAGGCUCCCCGCAGACACGAGGCCAUGUGUGUGGCAAAGGAUGGGGCUGGGCAGCUUUGGAGAGGUCAGCCAGGCUGCCACCCUUUGCUCAGGGCAUGACGUGGUCCUCAGCGCUGAGGUUGGCAGGCACCCACCAUCCCAAAGGCGCCUGCAACCCAUCUGGUUUCUGCAGAGACAAUGCCACCAGCGCUCGCCUGGGCACCCAACACCAAACCUUGCCGGUGACAACCCGCUGGGGAGGUCCGGGAGCCAGCGGGAGCCAGCGCGGCCACCAUACCCCCUCCGCCUGGCGCCAAACCACCCCCAGCAACCCCCCAGGGGGGGGCAGGGAAGCUGCUGCUCUAAUAAUCACAACCAGGCCCCCGUGCCCGGGCUUGGCUUUGUUCAUUGUAAGAAGGAAACAUCACGGUUCAAAGCCAACGGAGGAAUCCUGCCUCCCCGGGCUCUGCUUGGAGAACAAUGGGCCCCUGCACGGGGGUGAGGACGACCGCAGGGCCCGGCUGGGAGGCGAGGAGGGCGACCAAUCAAAUGCAACCCUCAAAUGCAGCCAGCAGGCCUUCUCUAGACACAUUCAUGCAAAACCGCGCUCAAAUUCUGUAUGGACACAGUGGGUGGUAAUACAGGGAUGGAGAUGGGUACGUGGGCGCAUAGUUGCACAGUGCAAACUGUGUAACGGGUUUCUGAGUGUGCUUUGA